AGCUGGAGGAAUCCUCGGUGACAGCUCUGACACUUUGUGACGACCAUGACCAUCUCAAGACAGAAGGACUACUUGGCGUUGUCCAUCCUAAGCAUGUUCUUCUGCUUCUGCCCCCUUGGGUUGGCCGCCCUCAUCUUCUCACUGAAGUCACGAGAUGCUUCCAACCAGAACGACGCGGACACAGCAGCAAAGCACUCCAAGACUGCCUUCUCCCUGAAUAUCGCCGCCAUGGUGGUGGGAAUCAUUUUGAUAAUCAUCGUUAUUAUUGCCAACAUUGUAGUAGUAAGCUCAUAAACAUAGUUACCUCUCCUUAUCCAAC